AAAAAUAGUGAAUGAUUUUGGGCUUUUUUCACCAAACCCGUCCUCAACGACAUCGUUUAGAUAGUGCAGCUAAUUCACAUAAGCCAAAACUAGGUUACCCCAUCUUGCUUGAGCCUCGCAAGAGGAAAGUUCCCAAUUCAAGAACCCUACACCUUCCCCUCAAAAACCCUGUAGACCCACAAAGUGCAAUAGACAGAUCCAUCGAAGCAAAAUACCCAGGAACCAUGUAUUACAGAGGAAACUACGUUGAUGGUGGCGAUGCCCGUGAAAUGGGGUUCAAAAGGCAACGCAUAAUGGAUCAAGGUUCAUCCUAUUAUGCUACUCCUCCAGGGUCAAGUUAUAUCUACAAUCCUCCUCCACCUCCACCACCCCCGGCAUACUCCUACCAUGGACAGCCUCCACCAUUCCCUGUUGUUCGACUCCGUGGCCUCCCCUUCGAUUGCUCGGAGACUGAGAUUGCUGAUUUCUUGCAUGGUUUGGAUGUAAUUGAUGUGCUGCUUGUCCACAAAGGUGGAAGAUUUACAGGGGAAGCGUAUUGUGUUUUGGGGUACCCUCUUCAAGUUGAUUUUGCUCUUCAGAGAAACAGGCAGAAUAUUGGAAGGAGAUAUGUUGAGGUUUUCAGAAGCAAGAAGGAGGAAUACUAUAAGGCUAUUGCUAAUGACGUUUUUGAUUCUCGUGGUGGUUCAGUUCCGAGGGGUAGAUCUCUUGAUGAAAGCAAAGAACUAGCGGAACACACUGGUGUAUUAUGGCUGAGGGGAUUGCCAUUCUCAGCUAUCAAGGAAGAUGUUAUUGAUUUCUUUAAAGAUUUUGAACUUCCGGAAAAAUCAAUCCAUAUAACAGCUACUUUUGAGGGUAGACCAACGGGGGAAGCAUUUGUUGAAUUUGCUAGUGCAGAUGAUUCAAGGGCUGCAAUGUCCAAGGAUAGGAUGACAAUAGGGAAUCGCUACAUAGAGCUUUUCCCUUCAUCGCCUGAGGAGUUGGAGGAAGCAGUUUCACGGGGCAGAGUACUAGAGAAACCAGUGGAUGGGAGAGACCCAAAUGAAGUCACGUCUGUUUUGCGGAUGAGGGGCUUGCCAUUUUCUGCUGGCAAGGAUGAUAUCAUGGAUUUCUUCAAAGAUUUUAUGUUGUCUGAGGAUGCAAUUCACGUCACAUUUCUUUCUGAUGGAAGGCCAACUGGAGAAGCUUUUGUAGAGUUUGCUAGCACCGACGAUGCCAAAUCAGCCCUGGCAAAGGAUAGGAUGACACUUGGAAGUCGUUACGUUGAGCUUUUCCCAUCCUCAAUUGAGGAUAUGAAUUACGCCGUAUCAAGGGGCCGAUGAUAAAUUUUCUUUUCCUUGGUUAAUAAUCUUAAUGUUGUAACUUGAGACUUUGGUGGUAGUUUUCUGCGAGGACUCACUACAAGAGAGAUAUAGAAAGGACUUUAGGGAACUUAUGCAUUUAUCUGUUUGUUCCUAGUUUAAUGAGUUUACGGAGUCACUAUUUCUGUGAAAAGUACUGCAUUUUGUGAUUAAUCCUUUAACAAGAAUAUGGUUUGUCGCA